AUGAGCCAGCUACUCACCUCUCGGCAAGCCGACGAGCUCCACAAAGCCCUCAUCGCCUACCUGAGUUCCACCGGUCACACUCAAAGCGCGCAGCAGAUUCGAGAUGAGCUGAACAUCCCAGAGAGCAGCUUCGAUGCUGCUACGGCGAAGAAGUAUGAGGGGCUACUGGAGAAGAAGUGGACGAGUGUGGUGCGGUUGCAGAAGAAGAUUAUGGAUCUAGAAGGGAAGGCUGCGCAGUUGCAGAACGAGCUGGACAGUGCGACGCCAACAUCACUGGCCGCGCGAAAGAACCACGACCCCACGACCUGGCUACCUCGUGCGCCGGCAAGGCAUACGCUGCAGUCGCACCGGCAGCCGAUCACGAGCGUAGCAUUCCAUCCACUGUUCUCGAGUCUGGCGUCUGGUAGUGAAGACUGCACCAUCAAGAUCUGGGAUUACGAGCUUGGUGAGCUGGAACGAACGCUCAAAUCACAUACCAAAGCUGUGCUGGAUGUCGACUUUGGUGGACCUAGAGGAAACACCCUGCUAGCCAGCUGCAGCUCCGACCUCACAAUAAAACUCUGGGAUCCCGCAGACGAGUACAAGAACAUCCGAACACUGCCUGGCCACGAUCACAGCGUGAGUUGCGUUCGCUUCAUACCUUCAGGCGCAGCAGGCGCACCACUUUCUGGCAACCUCCUCGCAUCAGCCAGCAGAGACAAGACCAUACGAAUAUGGGAUGUCACCACGGGCUACUGUCUUCGCACGCUUCGCGGCCAUGGCGAAUGGGUGCGGUCACUCUCUGCAACCUUCGACGGCAGAUGGCUCCUCUCCACCUCCUCAGAUCAGACCGGCCGAAUGUGGGAUCUCUCGCAACCAGACUCCAACGCGCUGAAGCAGACUUUCAUGGCGCACGAGCACGUCGUGGAGUGCUGCGCAUUCGCUCCGCCAUCCACAUACACCCACCUCUCAUCCCUCGCUGGCCUUAAAAAGCCACCUCCCGCAUCCAGCAGCGCAGAAUAUCUCGCCACCGCUGGCCGCGACAAGCUCAUCAAAAUCUUCUCCACGAACGGCAUCUGCAUCAAGACCCUGACCGGCCACGAUAACUGGGUGCGCUCGCUCGUCUUCCACCCAGGUGGCAAGUACCUCCUCUCCUGCUCGGACGAUAAGACGAUCCGCUGCUGGGACUUGGCACAAGAGGGGAAGUGCGUGAGAGUUAUUGAAGCCGCAGACCAUUUCGUCAGCUGCUUGAGGUGGGCACCCAGUAUCUACAAAGAAGCGGAUAGCGGUGGUGGCAGUGGGCUUGCUAACGGGACGUUAACGAAUGGGACGAAGAAGGAUGAAGGGGUCAAGGAGCAGAUACGGUGUUUGGUGGCUUGUGGGAGUGUGGAUUUGAACGUGAGGGUGUUUAGUGCGUGA